AUGUCUGCCGAAGACUCACAAGCUCGAAAAUGCCAGGUCUGCGCCAAGUCAGAGGCCGCCCUGGAUGGUAGCAGUCUCCUACAAUGCGGACGCUGCAAGAACACCAAGUACUGCUCAAAAGCCUGUCAAUCGACCGAUUGGCCGACCCAUAAGACAAACUGCACAGCAGCCGCCAGUAGUAUCCACAAUUUCACACAGGGCCCGCCCGACCGAUCACCAAAAAAGGUCCUCCUACUGGAACUGGAAGACUACUCCUGGCUCGGCGACAUGUACACAGCCUUCCACACCUCAAUGCACCAGGCAAGCGACUACCAAAGAAUCCCAUCAGAGUCCUCCCCAGCCGCCGUAGUGGACGCUAUCACCACGGCCCCGAACGCCAUUAUCCUAUUCGAGCCAUCGAUCAUGUCUGCGAAGAAGCGAUUUAGGGCAGACCGGAUCAAUCGCACACUGGUUGCGUACGUCAAAGCCGGCGGCACGCUCAUCUUCGGCUGCCAGACCAGCAACCACGUCUCCCCGCCUGAUCUAGACCGAUAUCUCAAGGACAUCUGGGACCUCCCGUGGACGAUGGGCAAUUACCAACGGAUCCCAUUCGAGCGGAAGCUGGACUCGAUCAAUGGGAAGGAGCUGCCGAGGGUGUGCAAUGCGAAGGCUGUGCAGCUCAAUGGGGUGGCCCCUGGGGAUGUCGUGUACUGUCAACCGGAAGAGUAUGGACCGGGAGGGGCGCCGGUGGUAUGGCACGAGUACGGUUCGGGCCGGAUAGGAUGGGUUGGGGACGUGAAUAAUGAGGAGGAGAGUGGGAUCAUUACCAGGGCUAUGUGCGGGAUCUAA